AUGUUUCGUAUGUUCCACUCUUACUCGGCUUCUUGCAGAUAUCUGUUGGACUCGUAUUCGUCACAGUAUCCCGCUCCGCAGCGCACUCGCGAGUAUUCGACGCCACCAUCACGCGAGUACAGCAGACCACCUUCUCGGAGUGGUUCGUUCAUCUCGUUCCUGGAAUACUCCGGAUCCAAAAAUGGCGAAUUGUCUCGUAAUGCUUCGCGCACAUCGAUAUACGACGCUCCACUUUCACGUAGCUACUCACGCCCUGAUCUGUACGUUGGUGCUGGUCGUCUGUCUCGUGUGGACAGCUAUGUACGCGAUCUUCACACUCCGUACGAAUACGAGAUGCCAUCGACUUAUGAUCGCUACCGCUCGUCCUCACGAUCUGGUGGCUACUCCACGAUGAGCGGAUACACGGUAACCGUCAUAUUUCAAAGUAAAGAAUGGCCUUUCGGAGCCGACGUUUUGAUCAAAUGGCCAUCUUGGAUUGAGACGAACAUGGACAGAUAUGACAAAAACCGGUUUCGCGCAGUAUGA